CGGGAUGAGUCAGGCGAUAUGAUGCUGCUGCUGCUGCCAUUUCAUCAGCAGCGAAACGCUACAAACACACAGCAAACACACAAGUGAUACCGCGGGUUUCCCCUCUGACAGCCCCCAAAAACACCCCUGCUCCCCGGCGUGGAAACGCGCAUUUCUGGGUGGUUUAUUCCUGUUGCGAAAGCGCAAGAUCCGGUUUUUAUUGCACCUGCUCUGGAUACGUUUUUCUUUCUCAAGCUCUCGAUCGGGCCUGACAUCAACAAGGAAAUCAGUGCCGACCCCAGGGCCUGCUGUGCACGAGCGUCUGUGUGCAGGAUCAGAGACAAACAUCGAGCUUUUGGAGGAGUUUGUGCAAGUAAUCGGUGCCAUGGAGUCCACACCAGCCUCCUGAAAAGCGCAAAGGGAACAGAAGAGGAACCGAGUCCACUCCUGCUGCAAACGCACCGCCUCCUCCCCACGCGCUCACCUGAGCAGACAGACCGGAGAGCGAGAGACAGACCGGAGAGAGACAGACCGGAGAGAGACGGGAGAGCGACAGACAGACCGGCGAGAAGAGAGAGAGACAGACCGGAGAGAGACCGACAGACAGCCAGACAGACAGCAUGGAGGCCAUCUGGCUGUACCAGUUCCGGUUGAUCGUGAUCGGGGACUCCACGGUGGGGAAGUCGUGUCUGAUCCGCCGCUUCACGGAGGGUCGCUUCGCCCAGGUCUCAGACCCCACGGUCGGCGUGGACUUCUUCUCCCGCCUGGUGGAGAUCGAGCCGGGCAAGAGGAUCAAGCUCCAGAUCUGGGACACCGCGGGGCAGGAGCGAUUCAGGUCCAUCACCAGGGCGUAUUACCGUAACUCUGUGGGCGGGCUCCUCCUAUUCGACAUCACAAACCGUCGCUCUUUCCAGAACGUCCAUGAUUGGCUGGAGGAAGCUCGCAGCCACGUCCAGCCGCACAACAUCGUCUUCCUAUUGGUCGGCCAUAAGUGUGACCUGGAGGCACAGCGCGAGGUAACUCGGCAGGAAGCAGAGAAGUUGGCAGGGGCGUACGGGAUGCGCUACGUCGAGACGUCGGCCCGUGACGCCAUCAACGUGGAGCACGCCUUCACCGAGCUGACCAGAGACAUCUUCGCUCUGGUGCGGACCGGAGAAAUCACGAUCCAGGAGGGAUGGGAGGGCGUGAAGAGUGGGUUCGUCCCCAAUGUCGUUCACUCCUCGGAGGAAGUGACCAAGAGCGACCGCCGCUGUCUGUGUUGAUCUGGCAAGAGUUUUGGGAACUGAAGAUGAAAAGAGGGAAGGGAUCCAGGAAGGAUUCAGAGGAGAGUGGGCUGAGAUGUCAGCCCUCUUGACUUUAACCCUCUGUGGUUCAGACUGGAUACGAAAGGAGAGGUUUGAGGACUUUUAAUAAAAGGUAAAAACCAGACAAGAACACCUUGAACGUGGGUGGACACAAGAGGGUUGUGCCCAUAUCUGUUUUAUUUCCCAGAGAGGAAGGAUAACAGAUGCUCAUUUACUCGCGAGGGCUCAAAUGAUUUGUUUUGGUUUGGGCAUUUUGCUUGAAAAUCUCUCCCGUAGCAUCUUAGAAAGGCCUUAGGAAGAGGAUCCAUUUGGGUUUUUCGCCAAAAUCAAUGAGACUAAUCUUUCUUUCACAUUCACCUCGCCUUCCACUAAUCUCUCCUCCAAUAUGCAAUUACAUGAUCACUUAGGAAAUGAUCACCUUACGUUGGGGCAACAUCCUCAGAGCACAUAUUAUUUUAAAAAAGUCAAGUGGGCACCAUUAGAUCCCUCGUUAACAAGAGUCUUGUUUCUCUUGUGCUGAUAUUUUGCUCCACAUUCCACUAUCAGGGGUCAAUGGAGUAGUCCUGGAGGGCCAGCGUUUAAUGAGGGGUUUCCUUUCCUUGAGCUGGGAACACUAUUUCUCUUUGAAGCAAUUAAGGCCUCCUGUGAGCUCAAUGACAUUGACUUCAUGGUAAUAUCCAGUAUCAUUCUGCUAAAUACCGCACUAUAAUAAAAUGUUGUCACCCAUCCAGUUCCUAAUGGACUCCUUUAGCAGGAUAAGACAACGUGUACAGCUAAACGGACCGAGGUGGACUAACUUACGACGCCUCAUUGUAUGCCUUGAACUGGGGAAUUGUUAAGAUUGACUAAUAGGAGUGUUGGAGCCAGAAAGCACUUUAACAGCCAAGUUUAACUUAACUGUGGAGCCUCGUUUGGGACUACAGACGAACACAGAGAUAAUGUAUUCCUUGAAAGCAAAGAGACGGACCAGACCAUGGACUCCAAACAACAAGGGCCACCAUAUCCACAAUGCACGCAUACAGGCAAUAUAAUCAUGCAAAGAAUGUCCAAUUGGCGGGCGUUAAAUCAACCCAACACAGAUACAGGCAGACGGAAAUUACAAGGUUAAACUUUGUCCUGAUUCAGUGGUUUACAUGCCUUUUAUGUUUGUGCGCAAGUCAAUAUCUCAAACAUUUAUUUUCAUUUUUUAAAUACUUAAAUGCAACAGGUUGAUGUACCCGGCUCGGUUACUUGGGAUUUUGAUUUGCCUAUCCCUGCUAUGAUGUCUGUUCUAUUUCUUUCUUUCUUUUUGAAAUCCAUUCUUCCACUGUCUUUCCCCCUGCAGCUCAUAAUUACAGUUACAUUUUCUCACACUGUAUGCCUUCUUUUUACACGUCUCCAAAGCCUUCUGCUUUAUAUUUUUACAUGAAUGUAUCAGCAGGGGAAAAGGUGAGGUUUUUACACAAAGAAAUGUGUGAACGAGUCAAUGCAAAACACUUUGUCUGACAAAAGCUUGGAGAAAAGCGCUGCGCAAUAUCUUAGAGUGAAAUACUUCCAGACAUAAGAAAAAUGUAAUUCAAGUAAUGAUCUUUAAAUUCAUUCCAGAAAUAUUAACACAUAAAAGAUUUGUGUUUUUGACAUUGAAUAUUGUUUUUUCCUUAUAAACAGUUUGCUGUACUGAAUACUUAAAUACUUUUAUCCACAACCACCCACUCGUUUAAAAUACCUGCAAUAAAAUACUCUUGUGUCCUCUA